AUGCAAAACCCUCCGUUGAUUCGUCCUGAUAUGUAUAAUCAAGGAAAUAGCUCGAUGACUGCAUACAGCACGUCUGAGAAAAGUGUAAAUGAACAUCCUUCCCCACGAAUCGUACAAUCCGAUACAUCUCAAAAAUUACCUUAUAAAAUAAAUCCCAGCAUUAAUAAUAAUGAUAUCGACGGCUCUGUUACCAACAACCCCAUCCAACCCCCGCUGCCAAACCUACUGCAUUUAUCUGGACCGCCAGACUAUAGAUCUAUGUAUCAAAACCCCGUGCAUCCAUCUUACAUUAUUCCUCCACAUUCAAAUGAAAGAAAACAAUCAGCUUCUUAUAACAGACCCCCAAAUACUCAUAUAGGUAUGCAACCUUCCGUGGUAUUCCCCCCUAGAAGUUAUUCCGUAUCCUACCCUCCUCAUCAAGUAAAUCCUCCCUUAUCAAACGGACUUCCGAACCAAAAUAUGACUUUGAAUAAGGAAUAUGCCGUGGAGGAACAACCGUCGACCUUGUCGUCACGCAAUACCAGUAUUACUGCUGUACCUCUUCAUUUUCAGAACAGUGCUACCAGCGUUAAAAAUUCAGCUGAUAGUAAUAACGUAAGCGAACCCCCCGUAGAGAGGAAUAUACAACAGGUAGGUGGUUCAGGGAAGGCGUUGAGAAAUACAAGAAGAGCUGCCCAAAACAGAACCGCUCAGAAGGCGUUUAGACAAAGGAAAGAAAAAUAUAUCAAAAAUUUAGAACAAAAAUCAAAAAUAUUCGAUGAUUUACUAGCAGAAAAUAACUACUUCAAAUCACUGAAUGAUUCACUGAGAAAUGACAAUAAUAUUCUGAUAGCUCAGCAAGAAGCUAUAAGAAAUGCAAUAACCAUGCUAAGAGGUGAGUAUGACGCUUUAUGUAACGAAAACAAUAUGCUGAAGAACGAAAAUAACAUUAUAAAAAAUGAGCAUAAUAUGUCAAGAAAUGAAAAUGAAAAUUUGAAGCUUGAAAAUAAGCGUUUUCAUGCUGAAUACAUACGAAUGAUUGAGGACAUUGAGAGCACGAGAAGGAGAGAACAGGAGCAACGAAAUGAAAGAGAGCAACUAAUCAAAAAAAUUAGAUCUUUAGAGGAAAUAGUUAGAAAUCAAUCUGGUGAUGCUACGUGA